GAGGAUGGCACCAUCAUGUAUGGCCACCCAUUCGGAGCCCAACUGGACGUGGAUGGUGAGGUCGUGUUUCAAACCGGCAUGGUCGGUUAUCCGGAAUCGAUGACGGAUCCGUCCUACCACGGUCAGGUGUUGGUGCUGACGUACCCGUUGAUUGGGAAUUAUGGCAUCCCGGAUGCGGAUCUAGAUGAGCGUGGUUUAAUGCGGUUGUUUGAGUCGAACAAUCGCAUCUGGACGGCUGGGCUCGUGGUGGGUGAGAUCUGCGAUGAACCUUCCCAUUGGCGUAGCAAACUGACGUUGUCUGAGUGGAUGGCUAAGCACGGUGUUCCUGGUAUCAGUGGCAUCGACACACGUGCUCUCACGAAGAAGAUCCGCGAGAAUGGAACCAUCCUUGGUAAGAUAAUGCAACGGCGCGUCACGUCGAUUGCGGGUUUUAACUUCAGCAACCAGAAUCUACGGAACCUUGUCGCUGAGGUGUCGCUGCUUCAACCGCGUAUGGUGUACAACGCGUCUGGUUCACCCAGGAUCUGUGCCAUCGAUUGUGGGCUAAAACUGAACCAGGUUCGAUGUUUCAUUAACCGAGGCGCCCGUGUUGACGUGGUUCAGUGGAACGUUCGACCAGACCCAUCUGAGUACGAUGGGUUGUUCCUCUCGAACGGUCCGGGUGAUCCAGAGAUGUGCCCGGAAGUGGUGCAUAACCUCCGCGAACUGCUGGCACUCCCACGUGCUAAGCCCAUCUUCGGUAUCUGUCUUGGGCAUCAGAUCCUCUCUACUGCGGCUGGCUGCCGAACGUACAAGAUGCGGUACGGAAAUCGGGGUCAUAAUCUCCCGUGUAUGCACCGCGGUACGAGGCGUUGUUAUAUGACGUCCCAAAACCAUGGGUUCGCGGUUGAUUCGAGUAAUAUGCCCACGGGUUGGGAGGAGCUGUUCACGAACCUCAAUGAUGGCUCCAACGAGGGCAUCGUGCAUGAGAGCAAGCCGUAUUUCAGCGUACAAUUUCACCCUGAGCAUAUGGCUGGACCAACCGACUUGGAGGUGCUGUUUGACGUGUUUCUGGAGGCGGUGCGUGCGGAUCGAGAUGGAACUGGAUCGCAGCUUUCGAUCCGGGAUCGGCUCAACGAUCGACUUCGGUACGUACCGGUCACACCGGUGGAGCUGGAGCGUCCCAAGAAGGUGUUGAUUUUGGGCUCAGGUGGGUUGUCGAUCGGACAGGCUGGUGAGUUCGAUUACUCGGGUUCGCAAGCCAUCAAAGCGCUGAAGGAAGAACGCAUCCAGACGGUGCUGAUCAACCCCAACAUCGCAACCGUCCAGACCUCGAAAGGGCUCGCCGAUAAGGUGUACUUCCUGCCCAUCACACCCGAGUACGUUGAGAAGGUGAUUAAAGCCGAACGACCGAGUGGGGUGUUGCUUACGUUCGGUGGCCAAACAGCGCUCAAUUGUGGUGUUGAGAUGGAGCGAGCUGGUCUCUUCGAUAAGUACGGUGUCCGGAUUAUGGGAACACCGAUCCGGUCGAUCAUUGAAACCGAAGACCGGAAGCUUUUCGCGGAACGUGUAGCUGAAAUAGGCGAAAAGGUUGCUCCAUCGGCGGCGGUCUAUUCGAUCCAGGAAGCGUUGGAAGCAGCCGAAGCUAUUGGCUACCCAGUGAUGGCUCGGGCGGCUUUUUCACUCGGUGGACUUGGUUCCGGUUUCGCGAGUAACGUAGAAGAACUAAAAGCCCUCGCAAGUCAGGCACUAGCACACUCGUCUCAGCUCAUCAUCGAUAAAUCGCUCAAGGGCUGGAAGGAGGUCGAAUAUGAGGUAGUCCGUGAUGCCUACGAUAACUGCAUCACGGUGUGUAACAUGGAGAACGUCGACCCACUCGGUAUCCACACGGGUGAGAGCAUCGUGGUGGCUCCUUCACAGACAUUAUCCAACCACGAGUACAACCUGCUCCGAUCAACCGCAAUUCGUGUCAUCCGGCACUUUGGCGUCGUGGGCGAAUGUAACAUCCAGUACGCUUUAAACCCGGAAUCGGAGGAGUACUACAUCAUCGAAGUGAACGCACGAUUGUCCCGUAGUUCGGCACUCGCCAGUAAAGCCACGGGGUAUCCUUUAGCGUACGUAGCUGCAAAGCUUGCCCUUGCUGUUCCUCUGCCAGACAUCCGUAAUUCGGUGACGGGUGUGACGACGGCUUGCUUUGAACCAAGCCUCGACUACUGCGUGGUGAAGAUGCCUCGCUGGGAUCUAGCGAAGUUCGCGCGUGUUAGCAAAAACAUCGGCAGCUCGAUGAAGAGCGUUGGUGAGGUUAUGGCGAUCGGGCGCACGUUCGAGGAAGCAUUCCAGAAAGCACUGCGUAUGGUGGAUAGUGUAGAUGGGUUCGAUCCAUACCUGAAGCCAGUCAACGAGCAGGAGUUGGAGCAACCGACCGACAAGCGGAUGUUCGUGUUGGCCGCCGCUUUAAAGGAGGGUUACACUGUGGAGCAGAUCUACGAGCUGACGAAGAUCGAUCGGUGGUUCUUGCGCAAAAUGAAAGGUAUCAUCGAUUUUACGGUGCGUUUAGAAGCCCUCGGUCGAGUGCCGGGAGCGGCCAUGUUGCGUGAGGCUAAAAGGUUAGGUUUUUCCGAUCGCAUGAUCGCGCAGUGUGUCAAGAGCACGGAGUUGGCGGUGCGUACACAGAGAAAGGAGUACGGUGUGGUACCGUUCGUGAAGCAGAUCGAUACGGUUGCAGGAGAGUGGCCAGCUUCAACCAACUACCUGUACCUGACGUACAGCGCCACAGAGAGCGAUGUUGACUAUCCGGGCCAGUACACGAUGGUGAUCGGAUCGGGUGUCUAUCGCAUCGGUAGCUCGGUAGAGUUCGAUUGGUGUGCUGUUGGGUGUUUACGCGAGUUGCGCAAGCUGGGCCGGAAGACGAUCAUGGUUAACUACAACCCGGAAACGGUCAGCACGGACUACGAUAUGUGCGAUAGGUUGUACUUCGAAGAGAUCUCGUUCGAGGUGGUGAUGGACAUCUACGACGCUGAGCAACCAGAGGGUGUUAUCCUUUCAAUGGGUGGCCAGUUGCCGAACAACAUCGCUAUGGAUCUUCACCGACAGCAGGCUAGAAUUUUGGGUACCUCUCCCGAAUCGGUUGACAGUGCUGAAAAUCGGUUCAAAUUUUCGCGCAUGCUCGAUCGCAAAGGAAUCCUGCAGCCACGCUGGAAAGAGCUCACAAACCUCGAGUCAGCGAUCGAGUUCUGCGAGGAAGUUGGCUACCCGUGUCUUGUUCGACCAUCGUACGUGUUAUCUGGGGCGGCAAUGAACGUCGCCUACUCUAACCAAGACCUCAAAACGUACCUCAAACACGCGUCGGAUGUAAGCAAGGAGCAUCCAGUCGUAAUAUCGAAGUUCCUCGUCGAAGCGAAAGAGAUCGAUGUGGAUGCCGUCGCGGCUGAUGGGGAGAUUCUUUGUAUGGCCGUUUCUGAGCACGUGGAAAAUGCUGGUGUUCACUCGGGAGAUGCCACGCUGGUGACACCACCGCAGGACAUCAACCAGGAGACGUUGGAGCGCAUUAAGGAGAUUGCACGUGAUAUAGCGGCCUUGCUUGACGUAACGGGACCGUUCAAUAUGCAGCUGAUCGCGAAGAACAACGAGCUGAAGGUGAUCGAGUGCAACGUGCGCGUGUCACGAUCGUUCCCGUUUGUCUCGAAGACGCUGGACUUUGAUUUUGUGGCCCUCGCGACGCAGGUCAUUAUCGGGCUGGUGGUUGAGCCGGUGGAUGUGAUGCACGGGCGUGGUUUGGUUGGUGUGAAGGUACCACAAUUCAGCUUCUCGCGGCUGGCAGGAGCUGACGUUAUGUUAGGUGUGGAAAUGGCAUCGACCGGUGAGGUGGCUUGUUUUGGCGAGAACCGCUACGAGGCCUACCUCAAGGCAAUGAUGUCGACUGGCUUCCAAAUUCCGCAAAAGUCCAUUCUGCUUAGUAUAGGAAGCUACAAGCACAAAAUGGAGCUGCUUCCUUCGAUACGGAUCCUAGAGAAGAUGGGCUACAAGCUUUACGCGUCCAUGGGUACGGGAGACUUUUACACUGAGCAUGGUGUUGCUGUUGAAAGCGUACAGUGGACGUUCGACUCGCUGGCGACGGAGGACAACGGAAAUGGAGCUGGUAGCGAACUGCGCCAUCUAGCGGAGUACCUCGCCAACAAGCAGUUCGAUCUGGUGAUCAACCCCCCGAUGAGUGGCGGUGGAGCCCGACGGGUCGCCUGCUUCAUGACGCACGGUUACCGAACACGUCGCCUCGCCGUCGACUACUCCAUCCCACUCGUAACGGACGUGAAGUGCGCCAAGUUGCUGGUGGCAGCUAUGCAACGCAUCGGAGGACCACCUGCCCUGAAGACGCACAUCGACUGCAUGUCAUCUCGGUUGAUGGUGAAGCUGCCGGGUUUCAUCGACGUGCAUGUUCAUCUACGUGAACCUGGUGCUCCACAUAAGGAAACCUUCGCAACUGGUACGGCAGCGGCUUUAGCCGGUGGUAUCACGAUGGUGUUGGCUAUGCCCAACACCCAACCAGCCAUCGUCGACCGGACCGCCUUCCAGCAGGCUCAUGAGCUGGCGAAGAAGGGUGCCCGGUGUGACUACGCAUUGUACGUCGGAGCGUCUGCGAAUAACGCUUCCACCGUGCACGAGCUAGCAGCACAGGCGGCUGGGUUGAAGAUGUACCUUAACGACACCUUCACGACUCUACGCCUGAAUGGGCAGCUGUCAGUAUGGCAGGCGCAUUUAGCCAGCUGGCCGAAAAAGGCACCACUGUGCGUUCAUGCUGAGCGUGAAACGAUGGCGGCUGUUUUACUACUGGCAUCACUCACCGAUCGUCCAAUCCACGUUUGCCACGUCGCGCGAAAGGAAGAGAUCCUGCUGAUUCGUGCGGCGAAAGAUCGCGGUCUGAAGGUGACGUGUGAGGUGUGUCCACAUCAUCUCUUCUUAUCCACGGCCGAUCUUGAUCGGCUUGGGGCGUCUAAGGCAGAAGUACGACCGGUUUUGUGUAGUCCCGAGGAUCAGCAAGCCUUGUGGGACAAUCUGGACGUAGUGGACGUGUUUGCGACUGAUCACGCCCCACACUCACGCGAAGAGAAGGAAUCUUCUAACCCACCACCGGGCUUCCCUGGACUCGAGACCAUCCUACCAUUGCUGCUGACAGCUGUCGCUGAUGGACGACUCACGCUGGAUGAGCUGGUCAACAAGUUCCACUACAAUCCACGACGCAUCUUCAACCUCCCCGAGCAACCAAACACGUACGUUGAGCUGGACCUGAGCGAGGAGUGGAUCAUUCCCGACCGGCCACAACACUCCAAGGCCCACUGGACGCCUUUUGGAGGGAUGCGCGUGAAGGGCUGUGUCCACCGGGUGGUGCUGCGUGGAGAGACGGCCUACGUCGAUGGGUUGGUGCUAGUAGGACCUGGAUAUGGUCAGAAUGUCCGCGAGUGGACUGUACCACGCAAGACCACCCUACCAGCAGCAGGUUCGGUGGAUGCUCUCAACCAAUCCGCAGGUUCUGGACGAACAGUGCAUACCGAUCUCGAGCAUGACGGUCCGACCAACGAGAUGUUCUACCAACUACUGUCCCCGGACGCCGCCAGCGGUCCAAACGCACACGUCAAACAGCUGGGUGUGCACUUUGCGGGUGAACAUCGACCAGUCUCACCAGCACCGGGGCGAACACGGUGCGACUCUACCGGUAACCAAUCGGUGGUUGGUCGACUGGAGACGAUGACUUUGGGGCCACAUCGGGAACGUCCACUCGCUGGUCGGCACGUCCUAACGGUGGACAUGUUUACGAAGGAACACCUGAACGAGAUCUUCCACCUUGCGCAAACGAUGAAGGCUCGUGUGGCCAAAGACCGGCUGCUGGAUGAUCUUCUGCGUGGGAAGGUGAUGGCGUCCCUCUUCUACGAGGUGAGCACACGCACCAGCUGCAGUUUUGCCGCGGCCAUGCAACGUCUUGGAGGUCGCGUUGUCCACAUCGACGAGACGUCUUCAUCCGCACGGAAGGGUGAAUCGCUCGAGGAUAGCAUCCAGGUGAUCGCGGGUUACGCGGAUGUUGUUGUCCUGCGACAUCCCUUACCUGGUGCUGUGGCGCGCGCCUCGCAUCACUGCCGGAAACCACUGAUAAACGCUGGUGAUGGAGUUGGAGAGCACCCGACCCAGGCUCUGCUCGACAUCUUCACGAUCCGUGAGGAGAUUGGUACCGUAAACGGGCUCACGAUCACGAUGGUGGGUGAUCUGAAGAAUGGCCGCACGGUACACUCACUGGCGCGACUUCUGACGAUGUACAACGUCAACCUUCGAUACGUCUGCCCGGCUGGGCUCGAGAUGCCAUCGCACAUCCGUGAAUACGUCGACAAGAAGGGGAUCUCGCAGAGGCAGUACGCCUCCUUGGAGACAGCCAUCGUCGACACGGACGUGCUGUAUAUGACUCGCAUCCAACGAGAGCGCUUUGAAAGCGAGCAGGAGUACGAACAGUGUUGCGGACAGCUCGUACUGACACCCCAGCUCAUGACAGUAGCGAAACGGCGUAUGAUCGUGAUGCAUCCAUUGCCGCGUGUGUUUGAGAUCAGCGUUGAAGUUGACAGUGAUCCUCGUGCGGCGUAUUUCCGACAGGCCGAGUACGGAAUGUACGUUCGCAUGGCUCUCCUGGCGAUGGUGCUAGGACGCAGCUAAAACACGCUUACCACGCUGAGAAGAAACAC